GAUCCUCGUACAUGGUGAAUAACCAAAUUCCAAUUGAAAUGAAAUCUUUAGGAGAAAUCAAUGAAAUUUAGGAGGAAUCAAUGAGAGGACAUCAAUUCAAAUCCUGGAUUUUCGAAUUGAGAGAGAUAUUGAGAGAGAUCAAGAAUUCUCACCAUUUCUUAGAUUCAUGGACCCAAUUCAAUUCAGUGGGAUCCUUCAUUCACAUUUUUUUCCACCAAGAACGUUUUCUAAAACUCUUUGACCCCCGAAUUUGGAGUAUCCUACUUUCACGCAAUUCACAGGGUUCAACAAGCAAUCGAUAUUUCACGAUCAAGGGUGUAAUACUCUUUGUAGUAGCGGUCCUUAUAUAUCGUAUUAACAAUCGAAAUAUGGUCGAAAGAAAAAAUCUCUAUUUGAUAGGGCUUCUUCCUAUACCUAUGAAUUCCAUUGGACCCAGAAAUGAUACAUUGGAAGAAUCCGUUGGGUCUUCCAAUAUCAAUAGGUUGAUUGUUUCUCUCCUGUAUCUUCCCAAAGGAAAAAAGAUCUCUGAGAGUUGUUUCCUGAAUCCGAAAGAGAGUACUUGGGUUCUCCCAAUAACUAAAAAGUGUAGCAUGCCUGAAUCUAACUGGGGUUCGCGUUGGUGGAGGAACUGGAUCGGAAAAAAGAGGGAUUCUAGUUGUAAGAUAUCUAAUGAAACCGUCGCUGGAAUUGAGAUCUUAUUCAAAGAGAAAGAUCUCAAAUAUCUGGAGUUUCUUUUUGUAUAUUAUAUGGAUGAUCCGAUCCGCAAGGACCAUGAUUGGGAAUUGUUUGAUCGUCUUUCUCUGAGGAAGAGUCGAAAUAGAAUCAACUUGAAUUCGGGACCGCUAUUCGAAAUCUUAGUGAAACACUGGAUUUCUUAUCUCAUGUCUGCUUUUCGUGAAAAAAUACCAAUUGAAGUGGAGGGUUUCUUCAAACAACAAGGGGCUGGGUCAACUAUUCAAUCAAAUGAUAUUGAGCAUGUUUCCCAUCUCUUCUCGAGAAACAAGUGGGCUAUUUCUUUGCAAAACUGUGCUCAAUUUCAUAUGUGGCAAUUCCGCCAAGAUCUCUUCGUUAGUUGGGGGAAGAAUCCGCCCGAAUCGGAUUUUUUGAGGAACGUAUCGAGAGAGAAUUGGAUUUGGUUAGACAAUGUGUGGUUGGUAAACAAGGAUCGGUUUUUUAGCAAGGUACAGAAUGUAUCGUCAAAUAUUCAAUAUGAUUCCACAAGAUCUAGUUUCGUUCAAGUAACGGAUUCUAGCCAACUGAAAGGAUCUUCUGAUCAAUCCAGAGAUCAUUUGGAUUCCAUUAGUAAUGAGGAUUCGGAAUAUCACACAUUGAUUAAUCAAAGAGAGAUUCAACAACGAAAAGAAAGAUCAAUUCUUUGGGAUCCUUCCUUUCUUCAAACGGAACGAAAAGAGAUAGAAUCAGGCCGAUUCCCGAAAUGCCUUUCUGGAUAUUCCUCAAUGUCCCGGCUAUUCACGGAACGUGAGAAGCAGAUGAUUAAUCAUCUGUUUCCGGAAGAAAUCGAAGAAUUUCUUGGGAAUCCUACAAGAUCCGUUCGUUCUUUUUUCUCUGAUAGAUGGUCAGAACUUCAUCUGGGUUCGAAUCCUACUGAGAGGUCCACUAGAGAUCAUAAAUUGUUGAAGAAACAACAAGAUCUUUCUUUUGUCCCUUCCAGAAAACUCGUGUGCUUGGGAGUCCCUGAUGAUUAA